AUCCACGCCAUCGGAGCUGUCGCGUACCUCUCCAGGGCUGAAGAAAACGCAGGGUGGCGAUUGCAAAAGAGGACACGAGGUCAUGGAGGAGGAGAAUGAAGGUGGUGGCAGCCAACGGAGCCAAACCCACAUCCACAACCACUACUUGUGGGCCCUGGCAAGCGCCGCCCAGUUCGGCUGGGCCAUAUCUGCAUAUCGGAGAGGGUAUGCCGGUGACCAUCGUCUGAUGCCCUUCAAAGCUUUCGGUGUCGCAUCCCUUUUCAUCGGCGCCUCCGCCUCCGGCGCAGUCGCCUCCCUUCAAGCCUCAGGCAUCCAAAAGGUGGAGGAUUUGGUGGAGCUCGGAGCUAGUAUAAGGAAUGGACUCGGAAUUCCUAAAAGGGCACGAGACGAGUGAGAUUUUCCCUUUCCCCACUCCUAGUACAGUUCUAGAAAUUUCCUGCAUUCUCUUUAUCUUCCUAGUCCUUUGAUAGAGUUUCAUUGUUCGAAUUUGGAUUCUGUGGUUUGUAGUCUUCGCAUUAGCAAAGGAGAUGCAAAGAAUGUCUACUUAGUUUUGUAGGGAAAUCAAGAACAUCCUGCUUCUUUUUAAGAAAGAUUACAAGAUCAG